GGGUGCACCGCUUCGCGCCUUGCUGCUGCUGUGCGUGCCAUGAGUCUUAAAGAUGCAGUUUCAGCUCUUCGCUCGCUCAAGGCGGAGCUCGAGGCCUGUCGUUCUUCUAAAGCGGAACUAGAGGUUGCCUACCGUGGAGUCCUCAAUGUGAGGGUCAUUCGAUUUUUCGUCGCCGCCGAGCUCCGGCUCGCCAAGGAAGAUAAGCAAUUAGAAGGACAGGACCCCUCUAGGAGCGUCGGCAACACCAACGACGACGACGCGCCCUGGCGGGGGGACGAUUCUGGGAUCGCGGAGGUAGAGAGGGAGGAGCGGAGAGAGACCCUGGAAGAGGAAGCACGGUGUUUGCGGGAAGAGCUAGCUGCGGUGAAGGCUCGCGCAGAGGAGGCGGUGGCAUCUAUCAAUCAGGAACUGGAGGAAGCCGUUUGUGCCAGGGAGAGCGCCUGCAGUGCUGCGGCAGCCGCGCAAGGGGAGCUGGUGCAGGAAAAAGCUAGGGCAGCGGCUGCCGAGAGGCAACUCAAGGGGGCUACCGAAGAAGCUGCUCAGCUGCGCACACGUCUAAAUGACACAACCACAGAGCUGGAGAGUGCAAGAAACGCGUUGGAAACUGACGGGACAAACAGAGUCGGGAAGAGUACGAACAAUGGCGAUGACGAUGAGGACGCGGCGUUGAAGUUAAUUCGUGACGCCAUCACCGCACAACCGCCGAGUUCCCCAGCGCGAACCGAAGGGCAAGAGGCAGUCAGGCCAGUGGCAUCGGAAGAUGCCGUCGCAUCCGCUCUCGAGAAAGUCAACCAGCUCCAGGAGGAGCUCGAGUCAACUGUUCGAGACAACGUUGAAUUGCGAAGGCUGAUUGAGAACACCCGGCAGAGGGAGGAGGAGGAGAACCAGCACCGACUUGUUCAGGAGGGCGAGGCGGCGGCGGCCUUGGCGGCGAUGUCCUCCCAGCUUGCGGAAAGUACCGAAGAGUUGGAGGGGCUAAGAGAACGCCUGAAGAACGUAGAGCAAGAGGAGGCGCGGAUCAGAGCGAGCUGCAGUGAGAAGGUUUCGGCCCUUGAGGCCGCGGAAGGAGAGGUAGCCUCCCUCGGUGCCUCGCUCGCUCAUACCACCGAGGCGCUGGAGGAAGCGCGACAGCUAGUGGUCACCAGGGAGGAAGAAUCGUCCACCGCGCAGCGGGAACUAGCUGUUGUGCGCGAGGAGUUGAGCAACGUAGCCGAGAAGGAGAGCAAUGCUGCGGCCUUAGCAGCGGAGGCGGAAGAAGGCAGAGCAGCGGCAGCGUUGGCAGCCACGGUGGUGUUGGAACGAGAGAGAGCCGCGACAAGUGAAGCUUUGUCGAGGGUAAAGGAGCUAGAAACCACGCUCCGAGAGACCGAAGCGGGUCGAGAAUCUCUACUUGAUACUGCUGCUUCGGACGCGAAGAAAAUCGAGGCCCUGGCCGCCGACGUCGCCAAAGGGCUGGAGGAAAAGGAAGCGGCGAAAGAGGAAGCUCGGGGCGCGGAGGCCCGGGCGUCGACGGCGGAGGCGAAGGUGUCAAGGGUGAAGUCGAAGGUGGCAGCUCUCAAGGAGACCAUGGCCGAGGCUGAGAAGGCCCACAAGGUGGCCGUGGAGAAGGAGGUGGAGGCCAGGCUAGCCGUCGAGGAGACGCUAUUGAUGGCAAACAAGGAGCUACAAAGGCUCAAGAUCAAAAACGAGGAGGCGCUCUCAGCAUCCAAUGGACUGCGUGAAGAGUGUGAAGUCCUCAAAGCCACCGUGGAAACCCUCCGCGCUGCAGCGGUCGCAGCAGCAGGCGACGGUGGCAACAAACUUAACGACGUGUCAACAGCAGUUGCUACGCAAACGGAUGAGGCAGAGGAAAACGAAGAAAAAGAGGGGGAAUUCGCUCGCCUUCGUGCAGUUGUUGAGGAGAUGAAGCGGGGGGGUGACGAGGUUGGCGUCGUACGGGGCUGUGUUGGCGAUGUGUCUAGCCAUGACGGAAGAGACCCUGACGAUAGUGGAUCAGACGAAGAGGAGGGAGACGGUGCGCGUCGACACGGGAAGGGGAGGGCAAGCACGAAACGGCAGAUUCUGGCGGAGAGAGAUAGCCUGCGGGCGGAGCUUGCGAGCGAGAAAGAGCAGGCGGCCGUGCGAGCAGCGGGUUUGGAGGCGCAACUCGCGGACAAAGAGCGCGAAGCGGCGGACACGCAGCGGCGGCUGUACCUCAGACAAAGCGAGCUCGAGACCGAACUCGAAGACUUGAACGCACACCACGAUGCCCUCCGCGUGGAGUUGGCCCGCAUGGAUGCCUCUAUCGAGAAUGCCUCCGAUGCCUCCCUCCGCCGCAUUCCCUCUUCUUCCGCCACCUCUAUGGUGGGUAGAGGAGGCGGAAGGUUGCGCGCAGGGGGCGGCAGCGUGGCCUCGCCAAAGUCAACCGGCAGGGACCCGGCCUCCAUCGGAGCGGAGGUGGGAGGGGCAGUCGGCGGGAUUUUGAGAGGUAAGUUUUGGUCUGGGUGGGGAGGCGGCAGCGUGACGAGCGCGGAUACGAAUGGAGGGGGCAGUACUGGCGAUGCUGGAGCCGGCAAAGGACCUGCUGCGGCGGCUCGAAAGGGGUCGAAGGCGAGGAGAGAGGGUGGCCGCGGUGAUGGUGAAGGCAAGAUUUCGGCCGGGGCGGCCGGGGCUGGAGAGGCGGACCAACGGUCCAUCAGUCGGGUGCGUGAGAAUAUGAUGGCGAGGCUACAGGAAGCGGCGAGGGAAGGGAAAGCAGAGCAGAAGGAGACAAGCGGAGGUGCUGACGGCGUCAAGAACAAAGACGUCGGCCACGCCAACACCAACAACAGCGGUUUGCAGGGAGCGAGUGGCAAUAAUAUGGAGGAGACAAGAUCUGAGAAUAAAGACGUCUCUGAUGUUGGAAUGGCGGCAGCACCAAGAACGGUAGAAGACGAAUGGGUCGAGGAAAACGUGGAGCACCCGCCCCCAGAUUAUGGACUGGAGUCUCCAGUCAUUCGGUACCUGCUGCAACAAUGGUCCACUGAUCCUGACAAGAUCAAGUACUUGUCCCUCUGGCUCCGGUGUGUCAUCGAGCGGAGAAAGGUACCCGACGCUUUCCCCUCGGGCUUACAGCUGGUGGGGUUAGCUCCAGAGAUCAAGGACGGCUUCUUGACUCUGGUCAUCCCGAUGAUCCGUUUCACUGGCGGCAUACCCGUGCUGGUCCACAGCCGACGCUCCCCUCCAGAAGAGAGCGCUCCGGCGGGUGCAGGAACACCGGCUUAUCCGGACGGCCACAGUAAGGAAACGGCUUUAUGGGACCUUAGGGUGAAGGUCGACCUCAACGGCUGACUCACUCCUCCUCGGCAAGGCUACACAAAAUGGCGAUAACAUGAGCAGUGGUGGCCCUGGGAUGGGCGGUGGCGGUGGGAGUGAAGGACAGGGGGGAUCAUCUGAGUUGAUGUGCGGAAAAGCCCGAGGGGAUGGCUACCGUGUACCCCGAGGACCCCCAGCUUUGAUAUCCGCGCACACCACGACACGGAAGGAGCAAAGGAGGUAUAUUUCUUAAGAAGGAGCAAAUGGUGCGUAUUACAGCAGCCGCAAGUUGCCCGGUGUGUUCGCAGUCGGUCGGCUAGGCGUGCGUUGUGUCUAAACUUGUACGUAGCUGCAUAUAUAUGCGUUUUGUUGGGUUGGGUCUUGGACACUGCCCUCAUGACGCAGCGAAGGCGUUUCGCAGCUCCUAUGCAUACCCGAUAGCACCAUGAUGGCUAUCAUGAGAAAUAAGAUAAUCCUCCGAAACACGAGUACCAGCUUCAUCUGUGUACCAUGCAUACUACUGCGGUCUCUUCCCGUAACCAACAACAUGAAGGUUGACCGCCGCCAUGGACGUUGUGGUCAGGACUCGCCGUAACUGCUC